AUGAAUCCAGUGGCAGACACAGUCAUCUUUUUUGGAAAGUUUCUAUAUUACUUUUUAGAAUCUUUAGUUCUGAAGGUAAUUCCUAAAAGGAAAAAGGAUGUUUCUGGAGAGAUUGUACUUAUAACAGGAGCUGGAAGCGGACUUGGAAGGUUACUGGCCAUGCACUUUGCUAGCCAUGGGGCCAUUUUAGUUCUCUGGGACAUUAAUCAAGAAGGCAAUAUGGAAACCUGUAGACUGGUCAAACAAAAAGGCGAUGUGAAAGUCUUUGCCUAUAAGUGUGAUUGCAGCAACAGAACAGAGGUCUACAGAGUUGCUGACCAGGUUAGAGAAGAAGUGGGCGAUGUCACAAUUCUCGUUAAUAAUGCAGGUAUUGUGACAGGGAAGUCAUUCCUCAAUACUCCAGAUCACAUGGUAGAAAAAUCAUUUUUUGUCAAUGCCAUUUCUCACUUUUGGACUUGUAAGGCCUUCCUUCCUGCCAUGGUUAAAGCUAACCAUGGUCACCUGGUCUGUAUUUCAAGCAUAGCAGGAAUCGUUGGUAUUAAUGGACUAUCAGAUUAUUCUUCAAGCAAAUUUGCAGCCUUUGGCUUUGCUGAGUCUCUCUUCUUUGAAUUAACUAUGGUAAUGAAAACUAAAAUUAAAAGCACCAUAGUUUGUCCCUAUUUCAUCAAAACUGGAAUGUUUGAAGGCUGUACAACCAAGUAUUCAUUUCUCUUACCUCUCCUGGAGCAGGAGUACGUGGCUAAAACAAUUUUCAAUGCUAUUUUAGAGGAACAAGUUUACAUCCUCAUACCCAAGUUUGCAUAUCUUGCAGUGCUUCUCAAACAAAUGAUAUCUCCAAAAAUGAUGAUUGCCCUGGGUGAAUACCUUGGCGUGGACACGUGUAUGACUUCGUUCAUAGGGAGAGCCAAAGCAGAGGCACUGCAGAUGGAAGCAGAAAGAAAACAGCAAUAG